AUUUCUACAUAUGAUACUAGUAGAUAGAACUGUAGCAUUGCUCACACAUGUUAUAAUGACACAGGGAAGCAUAGGAGAAUGGGUAAGAUGCAAUUCGAAUUUAAAUUUCACGAAAACGUUGGACGAUGUCAGAGCCUAUCAUCUGAACCUCAGCAAAAAGGUUUAUCGCUCUCUAAUAUUCAGCGGUGAUCAUGAUAUGGUUGUUCCACACCGGUCAACUGAAACAUGGAUAAAAGACCUAAACUUCUCUUUCAUCGAUCAAUGGCGAUCAUGGAAGCUUCAUGGUCAAAUUGCUGGGGUGGUGGGCAUACAGCCGCUGAGUCCAAGCCUGAAGAAUGUUUUGCCAUGUUCAAAAGGUGGAUAUCUUAUCAACCAUUAUAAGCAUUAAUGAAUAUCAACCAUUAUAUAUCAUUCUUGUGUUAAGCGUUCUACAUAAAGAAAGGAAUAAACUAUGAAGUCUAUGAACCGAUGUGUACGAUUCUUGUGUUGUGUAUUUA